UUGCAACGAAAUUCCCCAAAGGUUGGCGAGUCUGUUGUUUGACAGUUUGAGGUUAACUUUUGUGAACGUGAUUGUCGCACCAUAUUUUCCAAAAAAACGUUUCAAAAUUAGCUAAAAAUGCCUGUUGCCGAAGAGGUCAAGUCCAGCUGGGCUGACGAGGUGGAGUUGGAGGGCGGGUCGCUCCCGCCCCCGACCGAGGUGUACGAAAACGGCUUCAAGAUCGUGACCGAAUACGCGUACAACGAAGACGACAAAAAAAUGAAAAUCGUGCGGACCUACAAGAUCGAGAAGCGCGUCGUUUCAAAAUCGAUCGCUUUCCGCAAGACUUGGAAGAAAUUCGGCGAGUGUGCCAACGACAAGCCUGGCCCGAACCCGGCCACCACGAUCGUCGCCGAGGACGUGUACAUGCAGUACAUCACGAGCAAGGAGGAGGACAACAAGCAGGAAGACGACGCUUUGGAGAAGCUGAAGGCUCUGGGCGACAAGAACGUGGUCAAGUGCCGCACCUGCAGCGGGGACCACUGGACCUCCAAGUGCCCCUGGAAGGACACCAUGCUGGCCGGGGGCAAAGUGCCCGACGACAAGAAGGGCCCGGCGGUUCCGUCAGGGUCGGAUGCGGGCAAGGCCGGGGGGUCCAAGUACAUUCCGCCGAGUUUGCGAGAUGGGGCCGUCAGGAAGUCCGAUAAUCUCAAUAUGGCGCGCAGAGACGACGCCACGGCGAUUCGAAUCACCAAUCUUAGUGAAUCUACCACUGAGACUGAUUUGGAGGAUCUGGUGAAGCCGUUUGGCCCGAUCCAGAAGUUGUAUUUGGCGAAAGACAAACAAGCCGGUUAUUGCAAAGGAUUCGCUUAUAUUCAUUUCAAGUUUAAGAACGACGCUGCUAAAGCCAUUUCUAUGCUUAAUGGACACGGUUAUGAUCAUCUUAUACUCACGGUGGAUUGGUCUAAGCCACACCCUAAUUGAAAUGUAUUUUAUAAGUUUUAUUUGUAUUGAAUAAAAAUGCUUUAGCUAA